AUGCGAGCGAUGAUCUGCAUCUCGUGUGGGAAGGCAUACGAUCAAGCAAGCAGACUAAAGCUGAGGCUUAAGAAGUGCAAGCACCGAUUAUGCCUCCUGUGCCUAGUCGAGAAUCCAAAUUGGCGAAAAGUGUCAGGCUUAGACUCUAGUGACUCCUCGAUCGAGGACGACGACGAGAGACCACGCCGAGUGUUCAAUUGCAGGAUGUGCGGGAGCCCGCACCGAUUGGACACGGAGGUAUUGUUCGGAGAACAGGAUGAGCCGGAACCGGCUACUCAACAGGAAUCCUCCUCAAGCAUACAAACGCCCUCGAUCACGUCACUGACCCCAGUGAGUUCAACAGAGUUCGCAAAUUUCCCGGCACCGGGAGAGCGACCGCAGGCCCAGUCAAGCCCAGUCGAGGGAACAAGCGCCAUGGAAAGGCCGACAAAUCGAACACAGGCUCAGUCAAGCCCAGCCGAAGGAACGAGCACCAUGGAAAGGCCGACAAAGCGGAAACGCAAGCUUCCUCCGAAACCGAACAAGUCGAUCUUUGAUGAUUUUGACACAUUUCCUGAACAGGAAUUCAAGGUUGAGAUGGUCUUUCACGAACCGGAAGAGGGAAAAGACGAUCCCCCUUAUUUCUUCCGCGUUCCGUGUCUCACAAAGCCCGAUCCGACGGAAACGUCAGCGGAAUCGUUGGUGAGAAAUUUGAUUUGGGCUUUCGUCAUGGAUGGCAGUUACUCGGACGAGCAUAUGGAGCCCAGAGAAGUCAAAUCAAUGUUGAGAUGGGCUACCGAAAGAGUGAAGAAGAAGACUGUCGUAGAGGGAGAUAUUCCUGCCGAGGAAGACAGAGAAUCCCAGGAAGAAACGGCCGAUCGGCCGGAGCCAGCAGCGGAAGUGGCACCCAACUCUGGGGAACCCCAGACUGAGAUCAUGGAGGAGAACGACCUCAAGACAAAAUAUAACCAUGCAGUGAGAGUACUCAAUUCUUUCCUGAUCCAUCAGCCACCAAAGCCUCACGCGGGGAUCUCAGCGGCAAAAAAUGUUGCAAAACUGGCGGAACUCGCGCAGAAGAUGGACAACUUCCUGAGCGGAGAGAACCUGUCGAUCGACUUGGUUCAGCGAAUGCAGAUCCGUCUUGCCGAAGCGAUAGGAGAAGCUAUUUCUAGGGAAGCCGGCCUCAUUUUUCGCUACAUCUCCGUGUCCACGGAUUUCUAUAAACAUAAAAAGACAGCCCUUGAGAUUCUGUCUUUUCGCUUCUCGCCAGAGGAUCAGAUCAUCAAGGAGCUUAAAGAAGGGGUGACCCUUCUGGAAAAUAUUGCGGGUGCAGGUGGUGAAAACCACGCGAUUAUCCCGCUCAGGGAAAUUUACGCUUCUCACGCGAUGGAAGCCCAUCGUCUAAUUUGGGCUGAGAUCUUGGCAGACCUUGCGACAUCCUCAGAAGUGGACCCUAGAAAACUAGCGGCCAAAAGUAAGAAGCGCGAUCGCGACAAGAUUGGAAACGAUGCUCGUCCAAAAGAGGAAGGAAACCCCGCGGAAGAGGAGGAGGAGCAUGAAGGCGAGAUUGAAGAGCUCCGGAGGACGAUGCUCAAACGAGCGGGAAACGCUGCGAGCUCGAGCUGGGCGGAAAAGAACCUGGAUUUUAAAGUCUCGUCGUCCAUGGAGGAUUAUUUCUGA